AUGUCCAGAGAAUUUUCAGAUAAAAAAGCAAAAGAUAUAUUAGUACAAUUAGAUACAACUCGUCGAGAGUUUUUAUCCAAACUUGACGAUGCAAUAAUUAAAAGAGUGCAUAUUAGGGCAUGUCUGAUAUCAGGUGUAGGGUUUUUCUCCUCCGCUUACGAUCUGUUCGUCAUAAAUUUUGUGUCGACAAUGCUUGGGUAUACAUAUUUUGCUCCAAGUAACGCUGUUCCAACAAAUUGGGAUACUGGGUUAAAGACUUCAGCAGCAAUUGGAAAUAUUAUUGGGCAAAUAUUGUUUGGUUGGAUGGCUGAUAAAUAUGGCCGUAAAAAAAUGUAUGGCAUUGAGCUCUCUAUUAUGAUUGCUGCAACUGCCGGAACAGCCCUUGCCGCUGAUUCCUUUACCAUGAAUAUGCUUUCCGGUAUUAUAUUUUGGCGUAUUAUUUUGGGUAUAGGAGUUGGAGGAGAUUACCCACUUUCUGCAGUCUUAACGAGUGAAUAUGCCAACAAAAAUAGGCGUGGGGCAAUGAUGGCAUUGGUAUUCUCAAUGCAAGGAUUCGGCAUUUUAUCUGCAGGGUUGGUUACAAUGAUUACCAUAAUAGCCUUUGAAUCUUCGAUUAAGAACGAUAUACGUUACGUUGACUUUGUUUGGAGAAUCGUCGUUGGAAUUGGCAUGCUUCCAGCCGUUGGGGUAUUGUAUUUCAGGUUAACAAUUCCUGAAUCGCCCCGAUAUACUAUGGAUGUAACCGGAAAUAUUGGGAAAGGAGCCAAAGAUGUACAGAAUCUUCUAAGCGAAAACGGUUAUACAACGAGCAAUCAGACUGAGGCGUUUUGUUUAGUCAGAACUCCACAAGCUUCUUGGAAAGAUUUUCGAGAAUACUUCGGAAAAUGGAAUAAUGGAAAAAUUCUUCUUGGUACUUGUGCCACAUGGUUUGCCAUUGACGUGGCAUUUUAUGGCAUUGGUUUUAAUCAGGGAGCUAUAAUGAAUGCGGCCAACCUAGGCACAACCUCGGAUCCAUAUCAAUCAUUGUUUAAUGUUGCAGUUGAUUGGGAAGAAAGUUCAUUCAAUUAA